ACGUUGCUGCAGGUUAUGUGUGUGUGUGCAACACGCCCCCUCACUUGUCUGGCUGCACUGCCCCCCCCCUCCCGUUCGUUUUGUUGUUGCCCCUGGUGGCGGUGGCUAAGAUACCCCGGCGCUGUGUAGGCAGAUUGGCCCAAUGCACCCGGGAGGCUCGUUAUCCCCGAAGCCCCUCCGGUGACCUUGCCGCCUGUCCCCAUGUAGACGAAGGCGUGUGUGGGGAAAGCGAACAGCGCAGACGGGCCUGGCAGUGACUGUGCAGCCCGCCUGGAGUAGGAGUGUCUGGGCCCCGGGGCACGCCGGCCUUGCCAACAUCCCUUUAACUCCAGAAACACAGCGAGAUCAAGAGCGGCGGAUUCGGCGGGAGAUUGCCAAUAGCAAUGAGCGGCGCCGGAUGCAAAGCAUCAAUGCUGGCUUUCAGUCACUGAAAACGCUUAUCCCACACACUGAUGGGGAAAAAUUGAGCAAGGCCGCAAUCCUGCAACAGACGGCAGAAUAUAUAUUCUCUUUGGAACAAGAGAAGACUAGGUUAUUACAGCAGAACACACAGCUCAAGAGGUUUAUACAGGAGUUUAAUGGUUCCUCUCCCAAGAGGCGGAGGGCGGAAGAUAAAGAUGAGGGGAUCGGCUCUCCUGAUAUCUGGGAGGAAGAGAAAGCGGACGAUCUCCGGAGGGAAAUGAUUGAGCUGAGGCAGCAACUGGACAAAGAACGCUCUGUGCGGAUGAUGCUGGAAGAGCAGGUACGGGCCCUGGAAGCUCACAUGUACCCUGAGAAGCUGAAGGCGCUAGCUCAACAAAUCCAGCAGCAGGAGGAUGGGGGGCAGGCCUCAGGGGAGCAGCUCCAAAACAUAGACAGGGAAGAGCAGCAUCUUCAUUCUCAGCUGUUACCGCCUCAUCUACCGCUGGCCCCGACUCACCACCCCACAGUUAUUGUUCCUGCCCCUCCGCCGCCUUCCCACCACGUCAAUGUUGUGACUAUGGGACAUUCCUCUGUAAUCAGUUCUGUGUCUACAUCUCGCCAAAAUCUGGACACAAUCGUGCAGGCAAUACAGCACAUUGAGGGCACACGGGAGAAGCAGCUGCAGGAAGAAGAGCUGAGGAGAGCAGUCAUCGUCAACGCACCUCGUCCCUGUGGCGAAUCGGACACUGCGUCGGACACAGAAUGUGAUGACAGCGAUGCAGAGCAAAGCAAGGAUGAUGCAAUGGGAGACCCCUGACAUCCGCUGCCCACCCUAAGGGGACAAAAUGAAAGACUGGGAGUAGUCGAAGGGGACACAGCUACCAGGAUACAAAAGGGGAACCAUCUUUGGCUGCCUUCCUCUUUUGCUGGCCACCUUCCCAAAACCAAUAGGGUCUUCACUGCUGCAGUAUGCAAUGCUGGCCUCAAAGAUACUGUAAUGAGGUUCAUGUCAAUGGAGUGAGGGUUAAAGCACUAAGGGAUUGCCCCCUGCUCUGUUAAGCUGCAAGGGAUUCUGGGAAGAGGGAUAAUUCUGGCAGCUUGCAGAUCUAUAUAAAGCAGCAGUUCCUUCAUUUAUAAGCAUGUUGAAGCUUAGGUCAGUGCCCACCCUGUGGUGGAGAGAGGGUUUGGUUAAAGAAGGCUAAUUCUCAGAUGCACAGUGUUCAGAAUCUCAGUACAGAAUUGGUCAUUUCUCAAAAUGUGCUUUCAGACCCUACUUGGGAAUAUAUUUAAUGGAGCACUAAAUUAACAUGCUGGUGCUGAUAAAAUGUUGGGCACCCACUUCAUUUAGGCAGGUCUCUAUCCUUCUGGCCCAGGCUGGUGGGCCUCUUCCAUAGAAAUCGCAAAGGCCGGUGUUACUUCUACUAUGGUGCCAUGUUUUAUCCUCACAAGUAUUGCCUAUUAAAGGUGGGAAGCACGUGCAGUAUAGUAAUCUUGCUAACAGUACUAUACUUCUCAUGGACCCUGCUUGGUUUGGCAUAGGAUAGUUGACAUGGUGGCACCGCCUGGGGCAAAGGUUAGCACUUUGCCUCACUGUGGGGGCCAAACAAAUUGCCACCCCCAGUGUUUUCAUAUCACCCAAGCCAGUUUUUCUGCUGGUGAAUAGACAUUGCCCUUGCUGCUCCCUAUUGACUACUGGAAGCUGCCUGCAAAUAAAAGCAUUUCUGGGCUAAUAACUGCCUGUUGCUUCUUUUUCAAAACGCUUCCAAGUCAAAGGGGAGCGGCAGACAUUGCUGGAGCAUAAUCAUUUGAAAUCCAAACCCUUAAUGUAAAUGGAAACUGAUUUUAAGUUGGUUUCACACCUUUAUUUGAAUGGAAGGAACGACAUCUGUUGAGAUCUAUCUCCUGAGUAACCUGCUCAUAUAAGUCUAAUUCUGUGCUAUGGGGUAAGCUACAUGGUAUGCAUGUAGUACUGGUUGCCCAAGCAACCUACAAAUCAGGGGUUCUUUGCUGCAAGUAGAAGUGCCUUCAGGAUUUCAGCUUAUUUGAAAUCCUGCCUUGGUAGCUCAGUUACUGAGAACUGCUAGCCCUGCUCCAGCAGGAUUCCCAUUUGCCGCCACCAUAGCGUUUAAUACACCGUUUACACCGCAGUGACCUUUGCUUUAAUUUACUGACCCUUCAAAUUCAUGGAAGAACUGCUGCUUUCUGCGUUUUAUGUUAGUUGCCGAGAGUACCCUCUAUUAAACCUUCAUCGACAGGACAGCAUAACCUUGUUGGUAGGCCCCUGCUGGAGGAAUGUCUGUUCAGUUAAACCUCCAAAUCACAUUGAACUACAACUCUCAGCUGUAGUUAAACCCCAUUUGGAAGGCUGCAAGUUGCUUGUGUCAGCCUUGCAAUUAAAAAUGGGGUUACCAGCUUCACAUUACAAACAAAUAUCUCUUCAUAGACUAAUACAAGGCGUCUUAAAUCCCCUCAUCCCCCCCCCCACCUCCUUUUUCCUCCCUGCAUUUCUGCCAUUUUCGGCAGAAGUUUACUGCCCUUAUUGCUUCCUUUAUACUGUAUGACUUUUGUGACUUUUAGGGCACGUGGAAGGGGGAAGAGCAAUGUAUACUUUGCAACUUCCGAUUUUGCCUGUCGAGAUUUUAAGCUGCAGACCUUAUACCAUGGUGGUAUAUAGUGCAGUACCCUGCCGUAGUAAGGCACCAACCCAAUUAUGCUGUUUUUUUUUUUUUGUAUACAAAUGGGGCAUUUCUACUGUGGUGGUGCAAAGGUGCACAAUCUCACCCCUCUAUCCUUCGCACGUAGAGUUGCCACCAUUUACCUUUAACAUGUCCACAUAGAGCAUGGCUCUGUGAUCAGCACAAAUGCAUGCUGCAGACUGCACUUGUUCCUAAGUAGCCAUGCAACAUGCUGACUUUGAUCACAAGUGAGCCAUUGAACAAGGGGGAUUUGUACAUGUGGCCAGUGUUUAGGGAUGAGAUGGCAGCUGUACAUUUUAGGCCAGGUUCUAAGGGUUCUCCUACUUGGGCAAGGAUUGAAUAAACUGACAAAGCUGCUUUAAUAAAACCUUGGCUUGAGAAGGAGAAACUAUAUAAACCCUGGCCUUCCAGCACAAGGUGAGCAGACUUCAGCUUUAUUCAGGAUGCCCACGGUAAACACUGUGUUCUGGGAUUCCAUUGCCAAAGUCUGCUCCCCUUCCGCUGGUAGCACUGAAGUUGUGAUUUCAGCCUUCCCAAAUCAUAAGCACUUAAAUCUCAUUGUAUCGAGUUCUCUUUAUUUCUGGGGAUUGUCGCUUCUGUAAUGAUGCUUUCAGGGCAUGAUUGGUUCCCGGGGGCCAUAUUGGCAGGCAGGUGGAUACAACUUCAGUUCUCUAUCUUCUCCCCUCUGCAAAUGAACAUUUUGGAACAUCUUGUCGGGAGCUCCUCUACAAAGUUACAUACGCCUCUGUAUGUAUGUCUCUGCACCCGUGUUUUAAACUUGGGGCCAGAUAUUGGACUGAGUCGUUUGAGCAGGGCUCUACGCAAUCAUACAUAAUAGGUUUGCAUUUAAUGUAGAAAUGCAUGGCUUGUAAGUCCGUAACUGGCCGCCCAUUAGCAAUAAAGUAAGGUUUUCCUUGGAAAUAUUACACAUUUCAUCCUGCAGCUAAAGGGUAAAUAUAUCCACAAAGGUGCAGCAUUCAUUUUUGCAAUCAUUGUUACUCCCUUUCCCUGGUGCAACCAACUGAAUAACGAAAAACAGAAUUUGGUACAGUCCAGCAUCCAAUGACAGAAUUGCCUGAGUAAUGCUGUUUAACCAAUCAUCUUCCUCCUCACUGAGGGCUGGUAGUUUGAGUUAGUUGGUUGCAACAGGAAAAGAUUCUCACCACAUAAGGUACAUACAUUUGCACCUGCUGCAUCUUGAUGGAUAAUAUUGGUGCCCUUUAGUUCUUUAUACGUUAGGCUGUUACCUGUAAUUGCCAUAACUGGGGCAGUUGUUUCAGAUGGAGGGCGGCGUGAGCCAAUGAAGGCCCAACCUGUACUGUUGCAACUCAUUUGGGGUCUUUUAUAAACAAGGCAUAUAGUAAGCAAAUAUUAUUGUGCCUAAGGAGUUGCUUCUAUGUGGCACAGGCCUUUAAUUCCACAGCCUGACACAGAACCCAUUCCAACCUUAAUCUUAGCCCCUCUGCAAACCUGAAACCCCCAAUGCUGCAACAUGUUCAUUUCCAGAUCUUUCUGGGGACAACCCAGCAAUGGCUCUGCCCCUGCCCCCCCCCCCCCAGUCUGUUAUUUUGUUGUGGGGUCUAGACAAAUCUUCCUGUCAUUGUUUUUGUUAAUUUUUUUUUUUUUUUUUUACCAUUUCAGCUCUUGUGUUUAUGGAGAAAAAGAAGCUAUUUUAUAUUUUGUUAAGAAAGUGACAUUAAAAAACAAAAAAACCUUGCAAGGCAGUCGCCUUUGUAAAGAAACAGAAUAAAAUGUUUGUACCUUGUUUUUUAGAAA